ACACACACACUGCGCAAUUCGAAUCGUACAAAUAUGGACGAACUUCACAUCUUUGGUUAUGGCUCCCUUAUGUGGAAACCCGAUUUUAAAUAUUCUACAAAGGAACAUGGAUAUAUUCGUGGGUAUCAGAGAAGAUUUUGGCAAAGCAACACCGAACAAAGAGGCACGAAAGAAAAGCCAGGAAGAGUUGCUACCUUAAUUAAAGCAGAUAAUCAGAAAUGCCUGUGGGGAGUGAAGUUUACCGUGAAGGGGGCUAAAAAAGUGACAGAAGUGCUGGAGAAAUUAAGUGUGAGAGAAAAAAUUCUUGGAAGUUAUGUGACAGUUACCACUAAAUUCUACAGCAAAAAUUCUAACUAUCCUUGUGACGUUUUAUUGUAUCAAGCAACAGAGAAGAACCCAUUGUACACAGGGCCCUCAGCGGGAGACGAGGAAAAAGACUUACAGUAUAUCGCUGACACGGUAGUGCACGCGCAUGGAAGCGCCGGACCUAACUCCGAAUAUAUUACCAAGUUGGCAGAUUAUAUUCGGAAACAUAUUCCAGAGGAAAUGGACGAACAUUUGUUUAUUCUUGAUAAACUGAUAAGAAAUAAGCUUAUUCAUUUCCAUGAGUAUAGACAUCAAGGUUAAUCAAUAAACCAUUCGUAUAUACAUAUU